GGGAGAACUGUGCCAGAGCUGUGAAAAGCACUAUAUGUCUUAACUCUUGUCCUGUGUCUUGUAUCUUGCCCAUUUUCCACUGUGUUUAAAGCUUUUUAGAGGGUCUGUCUUUGCGCACAGUCCAUACUAAGGCAUUAAUGACAGAGAGGAUUCUGUUCUUAAAUCCUGGUUUGAAAAUCUCUUCAUAAUAUGUCCCUAGAAGAAACUCCUGGUUUGUUUAUUUUGAUUUGUCCUCUAGCUGUGGCUGGAUGCCCAGUCAUGGGCCAGAAUCAAAUUGGCCAAGUACCAACACAGAGCAAUUUGCAGCUCCAUGUAAGUGACUUCAGUUCAUUUUGGCCAUAUCUCUGCAGCAUUUCCCAGAGCCAGUCAUCUGUGCUUCAGCUGAUCAGGGUGCAGUAAACUGAACUCUGGCUUGCCCGCCUAAGCCUGCCAAGAAAAGCAUUAGCUAAGCAGAAACAGCUUGUAGCUGAGGGCAAAGACCAUCUUUCACAUCUAUUUCUGCACUGGCAAAAUUGUCAGACUGUGGGCCUUGAAGCUGAGCAUGAGCGCACACUGCUGAACAUGAGAGGUACCAGUUCUGUGUUUCCCUGAACUUUGGCAGUAUUCAAAAGAUUGGAUUUACAGGUUGACCUCUCUAUCUACCAAAUGCCUGUUUGGCAAUAUAGUUUUCUUGAAUGGCAUGCCCAAUUCCGGAUUCAGCUCGGUGCUGUUUGGUGGGGCUGUUUUGUGGGAAGGGGAGGCUUCCUCGUUCUGCAGUGGGUUCAGGUCCAGCCAGGAGACACCGUGGGUGUUGUCAUGAGGUAGUGCAGUCCUUUAAGCGGUCCUGGCUGCUGUUAGCAAGGGGCAAUUAUAGCAACAGGAAUGCCUGGAAUGUGAUGUUUAUUUCUUUUAAUUGCCCUCUGCUUUGGUGUCCAGCAGGGACGACCUCGAAGCCCAUUGGCACGACAGUAGUGUUUGCCCCUUUUGGAGGUUUGGGACUAUGUGGGCUCAAACCCGCUCCCUUUGCAUGGGGCAGGUUGAGAUAAGCCCCACGGCUGAGCUCCCGCCCUGUGUCUUACUUAAAUCUUUCCUAUUUCCCAUUAACUGUGGAGCUUUAAAAGUUAAACGGCAAGCCUCUUCCCUUCAGACCCUCUUCUUUCUUCACUGCUCUCAUGUUCAUUCUCAUUCCAACUCCCUGAGGGGAAAACCAAAUGCCAUUUGCAGUUCACUGCUGCCUAUGACAUUUAUUACCUCCGUCUUGCUCUCUCUCAGAGCAUGAACCCAGCCAACCAACUUCUUAUCAGUUUGACAGGCUGUGACUGUUGUCCUGGUGACCAGCAUAGUUGCACUAUCAUCGUGUACAGAAGGCAGUGAAAAAGAUGUCUUGACCUGUGGGUGCAGCUGUGCGUGCACAUGAUAUGCCAUAAAAGCUGGCCUUUCUGAACACUUACAACCAGGCAUAGCUCAUCAGACAUCAACAAAGUCCUGCACCGGACCCAAAAUCGUGGGAAGUAUUCCCAGCUGGACAGAAAGCACCUGAACCUGCUUGGAUGAUGAGGAAGACAAUGUAUUCCUGGGGACCCUUCGCAGGAAGAGGCAGCAAGUGGGAGCAAAUGGCCGGGGAAAAUGCAAGGAUGCUGCCCAAGGCCACGCACGAGGAGAGAAAGAAGCAGGAAUUGAAGAGGAGAGGGAAACUGAAAACCAUGGCAGGCAAAUUGCUAAAGGCUGUGGCUAGUGGGAAAGAGAUAGUGGAGGAGAAGGCUGGCGGUGAGGAUGUGGCAAGGAGUUUGCUGAAGAUGGAAACCAGUAGGAAGAGAGCGGGGGGAGAGAUGCCUGCAGAGGAAACCAUCUGUGGAUUCAUUGAGCAAGGAAAAUUUUUUGAAGCUUGUGAUUAUAUUUAUGAUCUGGAGCAUUCUGGUAAAGAUGGCAUGGAAAAGUCUGAAUCACUUUAUAUGCUACUGGCUGAACGAAUGUGGACUGUGGUGGGAGAAGCACUCAGUGGAAAUGGUAGGAUGUUCCUGGAGCCAUUGCAGUCAGUAGGGGAAUCACUGAAGUGGGAGAAGCAGAAGGAAGUGGAGUUGCUUGGCAGCAGCCAAGAGACAAAGUCUGUUUCCACCUGGAGUCCAAACUUCUGGAGGAAAGAUCUGGAGGAAAAACUAAUACAGUACCUGACAGCCCAGAUUCCCCUGUUUUGUUCUUCUGAUAACACAGACGAGGAUGCACUAAAACAGCAUCUGAGUCAGCUGGAAACAACGUUUCUCCCCAGCCUGGAGCAAAGAAACGAUGUCUUCAAGGAAGCAGGACUGCUCGUCACCUACGCCUGCUGCUGUCAUGCCUCUUUGUCUUCUCACCUUUCCACGCUUACUGACAGUAACCAUUUCAGCUUCAGCCAAUGUCUUUCAGUUUAUGAAUGGAGCCUUAAAAUGUACAAAAGUGGCAGCGAGACGUGUCUGAGACCCAGGCAGAUCUCCCAGCACAGCCUUUCCCUUGGUGUGCAGUGUCUCAUGUGGAUUAUUUUGAAGACUGAGGAAAAGUUACUUGCAUUCGCCCGGACGGAAGUAGGGAAGGCCCUGAAAGAAGCCUUUGAUAUUGGGAAACCCCCUUGUGCAGAUGCUGCAGUCAUUCAGAUACUAACAGAGAAGACAGAGGCUGCCUGGCAUGUCAGUGAGAGCCUGAGCGAGAGGGUGGAAGCUGUGUGCCUGGAGGAGUGCCUGAGGUUCCUGGAGAGCUAUGAAAAUGAAGUAAGAAGCUUUCUCCAGCUUGAUGGCUGCCCAGAGAUCUGCAGCAGUUUACGAAUCCUGCAGAACUGCUGCAUUUUCAGGACUGUCUGGUGUAAGCUAACAUACAUUUGCAGUGCCAGCACUGGUCAGGAUGUUAAGGUAAAUGGAUUACUAGACAGGAUGGAGGAUGAGGUUACGGAGCAUUUUCUGCAGACAGUCACUUCUAAAGUCAAGGGAACACUGAAGGAGCACUUCAAAAAGUGUGACAGUGGUUUUAACCACAUCCUCGAAUUCUUAAAGCAAAGCUUUUUGGCAUUUGGAAAGGAAAAAAUAGACAAAUAUGAGGCCCUCGUCAAGGCUGUCAACACCAUCGUUAUUACAGAAUAUGUGCAGGCCCUCCUGACCACUUCCAGGAAAGCAUCCUCUGUGCAGAGAAGGAGGAUUGCCAGCAAGAUGGAAGAAGAUCACAGGAUGCUGCAAACUGUCUUUGAAGAGUGUUUAGGUCCAGCAGCUGGUCCCCUCAAGGAUCCUAUAAAGCCAAUUUUAGAACUUAUUCAAACUUCUGAUGUUGAGGGGAUGAAAAUAGCCCUUCUGCCCAUUCUCAAAGAAUUUCCUGAUUUAAGGAAGGAACAUCUGAGUGCAGUGCUGGACAUCAGAGGCUCACUGAGCCGAGAAGACAGAGCUGCUCUCUUGAAGGCAUUUCAUGAUAAUUCCAGGGAAUCAGAAACAGAAGCAAACUUGCUUUUUGCAGAUAUAGAAGUAAAACCUAGAAAAUAUGGACUCUGUGGCUGCCUCUGCUGUUAGCAAAGGCCUGCUGUGAGAAACGUGAGGCCUUGCUCCCACAUGGCAGCAUCUGCAAUCACAGAUCCCUGAAAGCUUCAGGGACCCUUGCAGCUGGAUCAGCGGAGAAGCCUGGCACCUAUGGAAGACACAAUUCCUGUACUUUUGCAGGAAAACCAUAUGGCCCAAAUCCUAAUCUAUGCAUAGUCCAAGCAGAAGAUGAAUGUGAGGGAUAUGGCAGAAAGACAUUCCUUCAAAAUUUCCUAGAUAUUGCCACUCAGCUGAGUCCCAGUGAUUAUUCCCAGGGCGUGACAUGGUGGUAUGGGGAGGAGGAGGAGGAAGGUUCCUCCUCGCCAAAUUCCUCUCUGUUUCCAUCCCUUGUUUCAUGCAAUCUUACACAAAGCGGGACUGCUGUACCACACAGUGUCCUAGCAGAUGACAUGACAUCACAACCUCCCCCAGGGACCCAGGACCCUCCGUUAGGGAAUCCUGCCUAGCCUGUGGUACUGGUGGUGCGUGCAGCUUUGGGCACCUGGAUCCACCCCCCUGAAGCCUGACCAGCUCCAGGAGGGGUGCAGGCAGAGCUGCUUUUUUUCCUCGCUCCCCACACACGAAGGCUGUGACCUGCUUUGGGGGCAGCCUUCUGUGGUGCUGGCUGUGGGGUGGGGGGCUCUUCCCAUAUGAGUUUUACAGCUGGCUCUGGAGCAGAAUCUUGCAUUCAUUUUUGUGCCUCAGUUACUGGAAAUUUCCUCUUGGAGACGGAGGGGAAAGCCUCAUGGGAAGCAGGCAGUGAAAGGAGCUGUUUGUCCCAGCCUCUGGGCAAGUUCUGUGCUGUUUUCAGAUGUAAAUAGGUAGUUCCGCAGGGAAAACACUGACUUUUCUUCCCAGUUAUCUAUGGACUGGUCACGACCUCCAGCUGGAUUUAGUUCAAGGCCCUCCUUUGCUAUUGUGUUAAGAUAGGCCAUUACAGCUCCUCUCUGGCUGUGUAAACAAGCGAAAAAGCUCUGCCACCUCAGACAUACCAGUGCUUUUCGGAGCAGCCAUUCCCCCUCAGAUCUGCUUCCCUAACAAAAAAGGGGCAAAUCUGUGCAGCGCAGGCUCGGGUGGGUGCUGCUGUACUCUGCAGUGCUGUGCCAUCCCCCCAGGGACAUGGGGGUCCUGGCCCAGGGGACUUGUCUACCCAGAGCCCUUCAUGCAGGCAGGGUCCUGUGAGGUUGACAGGAGUUGGGGCAGGUUUAUAAUUGUCAUGAGCUUUGUUCCGGACAUAGCGCUGAGAGCAUGGCGAGUGGCAGAGAAGAGGAAAGCAGCAGGCUGCUCCGUGGCCAGGGAGAGUCCUCUGUGAGCUUUUGGGGCACCAGCAGAGCUCAGCAUCAUUACACUCCCUCCCUCAUAUCAUUAAAGGGCAGUGAGAGCAGCCCGUGGCCCGCCUGCCCUUCCUGACUGCGUGUCCGCUUCAAAAGCCCAGCUCCUGCAUCUCUUGCAUUUUAUAGCUGUUCAUUGCAGCUUUGGUGAGACCUUUCCCAGGAUGUGGGGACGUUGUGGGAGCCGGGGGAGCUGUAGCUUGGCCAGGUAGGUGUGGGUCAGGCUGUGGGGCUGGAUGGACACCUGCCCUCUGAAGGAUUUCAGCCCUGCUGGGCACACUGGGCCCAUCACCCUCCCCUCCUGCCUAAUUGCACAUUAUUUUCAAGGGCGGGAAGGGAUGACGGACCCGACUGUGACAGUAGGGUCAGGUCAGCCUCUGCCGAUGGGUAUUUCAAGCAAUGAGCCUUCCAGAGAAAAUAAAUAAACCCCCCUCUGACAUUUUGAUCACGGUCAGGCUAAAAAUAAUCCCACAGCAUGCGGAUGGCUCCUGCCAUGUACAUGUCGAUGCCUAUGUACGUCUGCCGUUUGACAUUCGCAGUAAGCUGAGGGUAUGUCCUGCUUGCAGGCAGUGGCUGGGAGCCAUGGGGGAGGCUGGGCUUGCUGCUACUGACCCUUUGGAUGAGAUGGCUGAGGACAAGCCACGCGCCAUCACGGCUGUGCCUGUCUUUGCAGCGUGGGCAGGGGCUGGGCAGCAUCUUCUGCUCUCUGCUUGUGCAGAGGAGCACCGCUUCCAAUGAGGUUUCGUAGCGGUGAGUUUCUGCACCCUACGUGUAGCAUCCAGUCUUGGAGAGGGCAAAUAAAGACUUGAAUCUGUCCAUGAGGUUUAGUUGCUGGCAGCACACCUGAGGUUUUCCAGAGCGGAGGGCUCAGGGAUGUUGGCUGAGGUGGGCAUGGGGGGGUGAUGGGGAGAGGCCACCUGGUGUGGAGACAGAUGGUGUGAGCAGGUUGUCCUCAGCCACCUACAAGUCGCCUGGGGAGAGCAGAUGUUGUGUGGGGAGGCUCCUGGUGCCUCCCCAGGAGGGGAGGCAGCAGAGGGGGGAUGCUGGGUCACUCCAGAGACUAUCUGGGGUGAUCAAGGAAGGGAGGGAGGCUGUGGGGAAGGGGGAUCAGGCAUUUCCCUUAUCUGGGGGAAUUGUAACCCACUCUGCUGUGUGCCCUGACCUUCCUGAAUGACCCAGCCUCCUCCUCUCGAGCCUUCACGCUAGGCUGGGGUUAAAGCGCUUGCGUGGGAUUUGUGUUGCUCUCUGUGGAGGGCUGGGAAGCAGGGUCACGCUCAGAAUCCUUCUGCAGGAUUAUCUUGUGGCCUCAGGAUGUGGGCAGGGGCAGUACUGCCAUUUCCAUCAGCCUGCGAGGGCCACCACAGAACCGUGCUGAGCAUCUCCCACUUGCCUUCAUGUCCAGUGGUACCAUUGCCACGUGCAGGCCAGGACUGCUUGGAGCUCAGCACCUAGAGGGUCCCGGCACAAAGACCCUUUCCCACUCCCUCUGCUCACUGGGAUCCCCUUGGUGCCAGGGUCAUGCCACUGCCAUGCUCACCCACAACCCAGACGUGCCAGCCCCGGGGACAUGGGCAGCGAGAAGUGACAUGCUGCUCCUGGCGGUUUGAUGCCCUGGCUUUUUUGGAAGCUGCUCUCUGUCCAUGAUCUCUCUGGCUCUGCACCAGGCCGACGGUUUGUGUGGUGAGCGAUGAUUUGUCACCCAUGUCCCCCACACUGCUCGGGGCUGGGGUUUGGCUGGUCUUUUUGAGGUGGUGUGUGUGGCACAGCCUCGCCAGCCAUCCCUGUCAUUUGAGCUCUCAUCUCCCAGGGUCACCUUCAGUCACCUUCAGUGCUCAAUGCUGAAGACAGUGGAAAACAGAUGCUCCUUAAUUAUGCUGCAGGGUCUGAGGAAAGACCUGACAUUUGCUGAGGUGCCAGCUGUGCUUCCCCGGUUGAUUUGGUGGCUUUGCCAAGGAUGUGUGACAGUGAACGGAGGGCUCAGUGAUGGAAAAACAGGUAUUGCUGAGGGUUUUGGACAUGCUGAGCUGUGUUGGAUAGCAAAUGUGCACGAGGAGAACCAAUCCCUAAAACUGUGAGACCUUAGAGAAGGCAAGCCACUAGUGGAUUGCAAAAUUAUACAGUAAAUUGUGUUUUAUUCCCUUUCUUCUCCUCUCACAAGAGGAGCCUGUCAAUGCUGGGAAACUAGUACACUGGUCCCUGUAUUAACUCGAAUAACUUGCACCCGCUUUUGAGGCUCUCCAGGCUCAGGCUCUACCAGCUCCCAGCUGGGAGCGAUGCUCGACCCACGGGUGGGAUGGGUGCACGUGCAGGGUCGGUGGCACCACAAAAGCCACGGCAGGUAAUUUCCCUGCAGGGAAACACCGCAGCACAUGGCUGAAGGCUUCAUUUUAAGGCUGAAAUGUCAGCCUUUACCCCAGCACCCCCCCGCUUCGUGCGGGAUGGAGGCACCACCAGCAUGUGCUGAAGCCUCUUGCUCUGGCCGGAGGGCUGGGCUCGGUCCCCCCAGUGUCCCCCUGCCGGCACCCCGGGCUGGGAAGGGUACACACCUGGUGCCAUCUAGUGGCACUGGGACACAGAAAAGGCCCUGGCUCUUU